ACCAUUCAUGGCAAGCAUCAAAAGAUAUCAAGAAAUACACACACACUCUCUCUCUCAUACAUACUCUCAUUUUUGUAAGUUACAAAGAUGAAAGCCACAGUAGUGAUAAUCGGAGCAGGCCCUGCAGGUCUAGCUACCUCUGUCUGUCUAUCUUGCCAAUCAAUAACCAACAUACUUCUGGAAAGAGAAGAUUAUGCUGCUUCUCUAUGGAAGAAGCAUGCUUAUGAUCGAUUACAUAUGCAUUUAGCAAAAGAAUUUUGCCAGCUACCAUAUAUGCCUCACCAGUCUAAAACUCCAACUUUUAUGCCCAAAAACACAUUCAUCAACUACAUAGAUAACUACAUUUCAUUUUUCAAAAUAAACCCUAGUUAUAAUCGUUGUGUUCAAUGUGCAUUCUUCGAUAAAUCUUCACAGCAAUGGAUCGUAAAAGCCAAAAAUUAUAGUUCUGGUGAAAUUGAAAGUUAUUUUGCUAAGUUCUUAGUUGUUGCAACAGGUGAAAAUGACAAGAGUUUUAUUCCAAAUGUCCUUGGAAUGGAUAGUUUUCCUGGAGAAAUUAUUCAUUCUAGUCAGUAUAAAUCUGGUGCUGUAUAUAAUGGUAAAGAUGUCUUGGUUGUUGGCUCUGGCAAUUCUGGUAUGGAAAUUAGCUUUGAUCUUUCAAAUUAUGGUGCACGUACCGCGAUUGUUGUUAGAAGCUCAUUGCAUGUGGUUACAAGAGAAAUGGUGUAUUUGGGAAUGUUGUUGUUGAUCCACCUAAGCCUUCCUAUAAGAUUAGUGGAUGUUUUGAUCACUUUACUCUCAAAAAUAAUGUAUGGUAAUUUGUCCAAGUAUGGACUCUAUAGACCAUCCGUAGGACCAUUCACUCAUAAAUUUAUAUCGGGAAAAGCUCCGGUUAUUGAUGUUGGAACAAUCAAAAAGAUCCGUUCGGGGAAGAUUAAGGUUGUUCCUGCAAUUAAUAAUGUGAAUGGGAACAUGGUGGUGUUCGAUAAUGGCACCAAGCAACAUUUUGAUGUAAUAGUAUUUGCAACAGGUUUUAGGAGCGGCACGAAUGACUGGCUCAAGGAUUACCAUUACAUUUUCAACGAAGAUGGCAUGCCCAAAAAUCGAAUUCCUAACCAUUGGAAGGGUGAAAAUGGGAUCUAUUGUGUUGGAUUCGCAAGGAAUGGCCUUCCAGGAAUAUCGGUGGAUGCAAAGGCUGUAGCAGAGGAUAUUAAUGCGAUUUUAAGCAACCAAAUCAGUGAAUGAGAGGCUUAAGACAAGAGAAAUUUUAUUCUCAAUAUUGUUGUUGCUUUUUCUUAUUGGUUUUGUAAAAGUCACUUGUAAAUAUUUGCUACCUAUGGACUUCAAGUUUAAUAGAGUUUGUCGAAACAUAUGAGUUUCAAUAAGAUGCUUUGCAUGAAAUGCUUCUAAAUAUUCUUACUA